AUGGGCUUGAGAUUCUCGGAGUGCUCCGCUAAUUCUCAACAUGUGAAGGAUUGUUGCCACUUGGAGGGCGAGACGCCCAUUGAGAUCAGGAUCGCUUUCUCCCAGCAGAGACCAGCUGCAUACCCAAGCCACGAGAGCCACCAAGGCACAGCGCCCAGAGCACUUCGUUUUCCGACGCAUGCUGCGAGUGCUGCAAGAGUCCCAGGCAAACCAAACCGAGCACGAACAAGCAGCAAACCCUGUGCAGAUGAUCUGGACGAGUUCGACGCAGAGAGCUUCACAGUUCCAGACACGGAACGCUCACAACGAGGGGAAGAUCCAGCUAUCUUGGCCGUGUUGCAAAAUGCCUGGGCUCAGGAAGUGGAACAUUUUCCUGAGGUGAUUCGGGCCAAUCGAGGUAAGACUGUCGGCGCGACCCAAGCUCAAGAUUUGCUUCCACAGGCCGUGACUACAGCUGUGGACCUCCUGAGGAUUCGGUUGUUCACGCUGCAGGAGACCCAGGGAAUGACCUACGGUUGUUGGUCGAUCCAGUUGGGAUGUACCUAUGAAAUCCUGGGCUACGACUUGCGGCUGUUUAGCAGGAAUUCCUCGAAGGACUCAUUUGAGCUUUGCGUGCUGCGGUUGCAGCGGGAAGCCAAUGCAGUUGCAUUGGCUCCAGAUGGGCGUCGUGCAGCUGUGGGCCUUCAGGACCACACGCUGCAGAUCUGGGAUUUGGACGCACGCUUGCUUCUGCACGUUCUGCGGGGUCACAAGUACUGGGUAAACGAUGUGACCUUCUCUCGCGAUGGAACAUUGCUAGCUUCAGCGAGUGCAGACAAGUCCAUCAAGGUGUGGCAGUCCUCCACGGCAAGCUGCAAGGCAACCUUGCAAGGCCACAUGCUGUCGGUCUCUGCUGUCGCCUUCUCCGGAGAUCGGCGACGACUUGCGUCUGGCAGUUGGGACAAGACCGUGUGUGUGUGGGAUGUGGAGACGGCGUCCUGUCUGCAAAAACUGAGCGGCCACACAGACUGGGUGCACAGCAUAGCCUGGGCUCCAGGCGGCCAUCACGUUGCCAGCGCGUCCUCAGACCAUUCUGUCCGUGUUUGGGAUGUGCUCUCAGGAUUUGUUGAUUCUGUUUUGGUUGGCCACUUGCAAACGGUGAGUUGUGUUGCUUACUCUUCCAAUGGGGUUUGCCUUGCGAGCGGCUCUUUGGAUGGUACCGUCCGAGUGUGGAACUUGCAGGCAACGACUAACGACUGCCACGGUGCAAUGGCUGUGGCUUCAAGAGUCUUCGGUAAAGAAAUCCAUUUGCGAGGACAACUUAGCAUUUCAUCGGAAAGCGGCGUCUCCCUUCACGCUGAAGGAAGGCUUUCCAUAAGAGAAGAUCAGGCGAGAGGCUAUUUGGAGAUGGCGGGAGGAAACCUGCAGCAGGCCAUCGGCCUGUUCUUUGAGAUGGGAGGCUCUGCGUCCUCGCCAGCUCUACCGGCUCAAAGGCCUUCGUCUCCAGUUGACUACAAUGAAGAUGUUGCGGCUGAAGUUAGAGCAGCUGCUGUCGCCGCUGGAAUAGAUGCAGGCCCUUUGGGAAUGCAAGACGAGGUAAUGGAAGAGGUGAGAGCUCCAAUGCCAUCAUAUCAGGAUCAAAUCAUCGACCCUGAGCAUGAGCAACGACGCAUGGAGGAAGCCAUGGCAGCAGAUUCGGCUGCAAUGUAUCAGCGUAUGUCUUUCGACCGUGGCCAUGAUCCAGCUGGCGCAGCUGCAGGUGAGCAGCAGGAUGAGCAAAUGGGAGAGGGCAACGCUGGAAAGGCCAUCAAUAGACUAUUUGCGCCGCCCGAGUAUAACGAGGGGGCCUCAUACUACCAGACGAUUGAGAAGGCGAAAGCAGAAGGCAAAUGGGUGCUUGUCAAUAUUCAACAAGCUGAAGUUUUCGCUUCGCACACCUUGAAUAGGGAUGUGUGGAGUGAUGACACCGUCAAAGACGUCAUCCUGGGAUCAUUCUUGUUUUGGCAGCGGGACGACAAGUCCACAGAAGGUGACCAGUUUUGCCACUACCAUCAGUGUGGGCAUCAGCUUCCACACAUUUGCAUCAUUGAUCCACGCACUGGGCGGCGAGUAAAGAACUGGGAUGGCCGCAAAUGGGUAGAGUCCCAUGCUGCUGCCGAGUACCUUCUUGGGUUCCUCGAUCAGUUUUCUAUGUCAAGGUCUCCGCCUCCACAAUCUCCAGUUGCGAGCCCUACUCACAAACCUCAGGCCUUACCGGACCCAUCAUCCAUUGAACUUCAAGGAUUGGAUGAGCCAAUGGAGGUGGAGGGGUCCAACACACGCGAGGAGCAACAAGUAGAGUCUGAUCCACUCCCAGUCAUGCCAGAAGAACCAGCUGAAGACGUUGAACAUUUGAAGGUGUCCAUCCGGCUGCCAUCUGGUCAGCGGAUUACCAAACGGUUUCGACCCGAUGAUCCCCUUGAGCAAAUGUUUGUGGUAGCAGCUGCCUUGGCGGAGAAGCCUGCUCGGCUAGUGGACCUAUCCACUCAGGAGGGUGUUCUACUUUGUUUUCCGCCGGAUAUGAGCGUCGUGCUGCUGGAGAGCCGCGUGAAGCAGCAGUGGUCUGAGUUGGUAGAGGUCAAAGCCUUGUGUCGUUUUGUGGGUGCUGAGCUUGUGCAGCAGAGCAAGCAGAAAGACGUUGUCCACAAAGGCAUGGAGCUUGUUGAGCUGAGUCUGCGAAGAGUGGAGAUCAAAGUCUUCCAUCGCUUCACCGGCCUGGUAGAUGCGUCCAAGUUGCUCAUCAAGUUGAAGGUCGAAGUGUCAAGGGUCUCGACAGUCAAGAAGAGAAGUGGGCGCAAGGGUGGUGAAUUGGAGAUGAAAGUAUGGUUGAAACACACUCCAGAAGAAGGCUUUGAGGCUUGUUGGUCAGCCGAGCACUGCGCGCAACAGCAGCAAUCGUUGGACAUGACCUUUGCACUGCUGGCAUCUCACCCCGACGCCGUUGGCGAGAACUGUGCUCACGUUGGCUUGGAUGCUCUGAAGCAGAGGCUUGCCGACGCCAAAGCAAAAGUGCAAAGCGCCCCCACAGCCCAGGCACCGUCAGCGCAAAGCUGCCCAGCAGCUUGCCCGGCAGCUUGCCCAAGCCAUCCCAGCUUUCCAGCUCCAGCCUUGCUCGGUGGCACCCCUGGAGCAGGGGGUGUUAAUCAGCUGGCUGGUGUGGCGCGCUUCCCGUCAAUAGCGCAGGGACACCUGCUGAAUGUUCAAAGCGCGCCAGCUGCGGCUUCCGCGCAGCCUGCACCGUCAGCGCAAAGCUGCCCUGCAGCUUGCCAUCCCAGCUUUCCAGCUCCAGCCGUUGCUGCAACUGCCUCAGAGAGUACAUUCCCCCAGCAGGCCUUGCUCGGUGGCGCUCCUGGAGCAGGGGGUGUUAAUCAGCUGGCUGGUGUGGCGCACUUCCCGUCAACAGCGCAGGGACACCUGCUGCCAGCUCCUCCUGCGGCUUCAAUGCAACCUGACGCAGGAAAUUCUCAGCUCGCAUCAUUUUCGGAGGAGCCAGAUGCCCUAGGAGCGUCCGCAAUCCAACAGCAGUUGCUGUACAUGCAACAGUAUCAGCAGAUGCUUGUGAAUGGGUAUGAUGCCGGGUCAUCAGCAUCCAUUGGCGGUGGGUUAGCGGGACAGGGACUUCAAAGCACAGUGGAUGCAAGCAAAGCACUUGCAGAGCUGAAUCAUUUGGAGGACAAAGUCAAAGAGGCGGAAGAGAAGGUGAAGCGCGCAGCUUCGCAGUCACACCACUAUGUUGGAUUUAUCUCGAAGUUUGACACGAUGAAGGGCUACGGCUUUGUUUCAUGUCUCGAGACGUUCAAGCGCUUCGGGCGCGACAUCUUCAUCGACCGAGAGUCCUACCAGGGAGCCCGAAUUGGCGACACAGUUGUCUUCUCAGUCGGCUUCAAUAAGAAGGGAGAGGUUCGCGCGUGCGAUGUUCAGAAGCUGAACGAGGUAACGCGCCUGAAACAGGAGCUGCAGCAGAAGAAGCAAGUCUACAUGACGAGCGUUUCAAGGUCUGGAAUGAAUGUGCAGACUGCCUUGGAAUUUAUUCAAGGCAAAAGAUCAGCUCCUGCAGAUGUCGCCGGUCCAAGUUUUAAGCGCUUGGCGAGGUGA